GGCAGGAAGCUCCCCCCUCCCCCACGGCCGGAGAAAGCCCCGGCGGCCGCGGGGCGGCACGUCGGCAGCCGCAGCCUCCCGGCGGACGGCAGCCGCCGCGCCUCGGCCGCACUCGCGUCGCCCGGCCGAGCACGGAGGGAGCGGAGCGGGACCGCGCGGUGCGGUGCCAUGGUGCGGCCGCUGCCCGCGCUGCUCUGCGCCCUGGCCGUCCUGGGCUGCCCGCGCCCGCCGCCCGCCGCCGCCGCCGCCCGCCUCGCCUCCCCACGUAAUGGUAGCGUACCACGUGUCAGAAGUUUUGUACUGUCUUUUGUAAGUCACCAGGAUGAACCUAUACCUAGUGAAGGUGAUACUGAAAAUGACUUGGAAGUUGGAUCGGGAGCCACCAAUCAGACUGGAUCAUUCCGACGUGAACAACGAACAGUGUCAGUGCAGACAGCAAGAUACCUCACCAGUCCUUGGCUGACACGUUUUGUUCCUUCAGUUUACACCUUAGUGUUUGUGCUGAGUCUCCCUCUGAACAUUACGGCGAUACUCGUGUUUCUGAAAAAAAUGAAAAUUGAAAAGCCAGCUGUAGUAUACAUGCUGAAUUUGGCCCUUGCAGAUGUCCUGUUUGUGAGCGUGCUUCCUUUUAAGAUUGCUUAUCACUUUGCUGGAAAUGACUGGGUUUUUGGACCUCAGAUGUGCCGUUUCAUCACUGCUGCCUUCUACUGUAACAUGUACUGUUCCAUAAUGCUUAUGACAAGUAUCAGCUUUGAUCGCUUCUUAGCAGUGGUGUAUCCCAUGCAGUCUCUUGGGUGGCGUACAUUAGCACGUGCCUCACUGAUUUGUUUCAUCAUAUGGCUUGUAGCAAUAGCUGGGGUUAUACCUUUUCUCAUCAGAGAGCAAACAAUGGAAAUACCCAAGUUAAAUGUAACUACUUGCCACGAUGUGCUAAGAGAAUCUGAACUUCACAGCUAUUACGUCCACUUCUUCUCCAUCUUCUCUUCUGUGUUUUUUGUAGUGCCUUUUAUAAUUUCUACUGUCUGUUACGUGUGUAUCAUUCGAUGUCUUAGUUCUUCUACCAUUGUUGCAAAACAAAAUAAGAAGACACGUGCCUUGCUGUUGUGUGUAGCUGUUUUUUCUGUUUUUGUUAUUUGCUUUGGACCAACAAAUAUCCUCCUAUUAAUUCAUUAUAUCCAUUUUUCUUAUGACAACAGCUUAGAGUAUCUCUACUUUGCCUAUCUACUCUGUGUUUGUAUCAGCAGCAUUAGCUGUUGCAUUGACCCCUUUAUUUACUACUAUGCUUCUUCUCAGUAUCAGAGACAACUUUUCAGUCUCUUCAAUUGUAAAAAGACUUUUGAUCCUACCCACAGUGAUCAGUCAAUGACUACCACUAGUAGAAGAGCUACAUGCUCUACUAAUGUGAAUAAUAGUGUCUACAGGAAAUUACUAGCAAUGCAUUGAGAUAACAUGCCUUACACAUGCUUAAUAUUUAGACAAUUCCAGACAAAAAAAGAAAGACAGUAUUAUAUCAAAGAAAUGCAAAAGCUUAAACCAAGUUGCUGUACAAUACAUAGUUCUAUGGAUUCAUCAUAGUAACGCACAAUUCAAAUUAUAACUGUGUAUGUGUAUAUAUAUAGCAUAUGUAAUGUAAAUAGGUUAAUGUAGAGGCCAUUUUAAUAGUUAAUAGUAGUUGUUGAGUGUUUUUCAAAUAAACUUUUCAGAAAAAUC